UACCAGAAGCUAGAGUUAUGUUUUUACAUAAUCAUUUAUUUUCUAAUGGCUUAUAUAAUGGAUCAAUUGAAGUUGUACUGGAAAUUUUUGAUGAAGAAAAUAUAAUAGUUGCAUUUCCAUUAGCACAGGAAAUUUCUUGUGAGAAAUUAUCGAAUGUAAAUGAUGUGAAACAUAAAACUGGCACUUCUUCUAUUUCAUCCAAUUCAUCCAUUACUUCAUCUUCUCCUGUUACUUCAUCACCAUCUACUCUCCUAAGACUCACUUUGACGAUUAUUUUUAAUUUUUAA